CUUCAACCUGUGCUUUCUCAUGACGCUCAAGUGAGCGAAGUACUUGUACCAUUGCCUGGUUUCAUUAUUGUUCGAAAGCGAUCGGAUUUGUCUUGGUCAAAUAUUGCACGGCGUUAGAGGGGGGAUCUCAGGUUGCUCAGAAAGGGCACGGGGAGAGAUGGCGGGUGUCCUGACUCCUUUUUGCAGUUGCCUACGUGGGCUGACGACCUCGUCCGGUCCACGCAGGGCGGCCAUCGCGGCGUUAUCAUCUCGCCGGGUAGCUUACUACCAUAUAGCUGCGAGACGAACCUUCGCAUGGUCAGCAGCCAGGAAGCACCAGCUGCAAAUUUGCUCCGGUGGGGGCUUCAAGAACGAAGCCAGCCCCGGCGAGGUUGAGCCGCCGUCCUUUGGCUUUGCUUUCGACAUCGAUGGAGUCCUGCUCCAUGUCGCAAAGCCGAUCCCAGGUGCGCCCGCGGUUUUGAAUUUUCUCAAUGAGCACAACAUUCCCUUCAUUCUUCUCACCAACGGCGGAGGCAAGCACGAGAACGAGCGCGUGGAGGAUCUCAAGCAGAAGCUCGGUGUGCAGCACCUAUCAACAGACAAUUUUAUCCAGUCUCACACCCCUUUCCGUGAGCUUGUUGAUGGUCCUGACGGCCUUCGGGACAAGACCGUUCUGGUGACGGGAUCUGACCCUGCCAAGUCCCGUGAGAUCUUCCAACAGUACGGCUUUAGAAACGUCGUCACCCCUUGGGAUAUCUACGCCGCGUACCCAGCCGUGUUCCCUUUCGAGACUGUCCUGUCAUCAUCAGGCCCGACGGCACUGCCCACUCAACCUCUCCCUAAACCCAUCUAUACCGGCACUAACGCCGCAAGCCCCAACGUCGACCUUACCGGUCAUCUAAAAAUCGACGCCAUGUUCGUCACAAACGACCCGCGCGAGUGGGCACUCGACAUCCAACUCCUCUGUGACCUGCUCCUGUCUCACAGGGGCUACCUCGGGACGCACUCGCCCAAGAACGGUGACGCAUCCCUCCCCAACGGCGGCUGGCAGCAGGACGGGCAACCGCGGCUCUACUUCAGCAACGCCGACCUGGUCUGGAGCACGGGCUUCCACCUGCCGCGGUUCGGGCAGGGCGCGUUCCAGGCGGCCCUGCGCGGCGUCUGGAGCCGCAUCACGGGAGGGCACGAGCUGGAAUGCACCGUCAUGGGCAAGCCGCACGGGGCGACGUACCGGUUCGCCGAGCGCGUGCUGGCACGCCACAGGCGGGACACGCUCAGGGCCCUGGGCCACUACCACGACGAAACGGAAAAGGGAAUCGGCCCGCUCAAGACGGUCUACAUGGUCGGCGACAACCCGGAGAGCGACAUCGCCGGGGCCAACACGUACGCCAGCGAGAGCGGGACCGAGUGGGUCUCGGUUUUGGUCAAGACGGGUGUGUACGCCCCUGAGAGGGGCGGGAAGCUCGAGGGGAGGUUCGAGCCGAGGGUGAUCGUGGAUGAUGUAAGCGCCGCGUUGCGAUGGGCGUUGGCCAGGGAGGGGUACAAGUACGCUCGGCCGGAUCUGGGUGGGAAGUAAGUGAGAUUCCAUACCAUACAGGUGCGUGAGUUGGACAUGUAUCGCGGCCGUCGUGUUGUACAUACAUUGAAUGAGUGUUAGACCGGGUUGCCGGAUGGCUGAUACCAUGGGUAUUUCGAGACGAAGGACCACGGCAUGAAGCAUUGAUGAGGUAGACUCUAGUAUGGGUGGUCUCACACGACCAAUACCGGCCCAGAGUUGAUUGUGAGCAAACUUACAGGUUCCUGGUCACACUCUCUAUCCAUGGCUUCCUACUGCUCAC